AUGGAAUCAAAGAACAUGACCACCACUGUGACAGAAUUUGUCCUGUUGGGCCUGACACAGAGCCACAAGCUGCAGUAUUGCCUCUAUGUGAUCUUCUUCCUCAUCUAUGUAAUAACCUGGCUGCUGAACUUCACCAUCAUUGCCACUGUGGCUGUGGAUCACCAGCUCCACACCCCCAUGUGCAAUGUCGUUUUUGCUGCUGGCAAUGACGGUGGAUCGCUGCCAUUCUGUGGCCCCAAUGUACUGGACAAUUUCUACUGUGACGUCCCUCAAGUCAUCAAACUGGCCUGCAGUGACACUCGCAAGGCUGAGCUACAGAUGGUGUUUAAUAGUGGAGUGAUCCUCAUCAGCCUUUUUGUAAUCUUGAUUAUUUCUUACAUUGUCAUCUUGCUGAAGAUAAGGACGUGCAUCACAGAAGGGAAGCGAAAAGCUCUGUCUACCUGUGGAACACAGAUAACUGUUGUGAGUUUAAUAUUCAUCCCCUGCAUCUUCACCUAUGCCCAGCCUUACAAGAAAUACCCAAGGGACAAGGUGGUCUCUGUUGUUUACACUGUGGUCACUCCAAUGCUAAACCCAAUGAUCUACACACUCAGAAACACUGAGAUGAAAAAGGCCAUCAGGAGAACACUGGGGAAAAUAUUUCUGUCAGCAGGAAAACAGAAACCAGAGCGGACAGUAGGUCCAAAGACAUCAAAUCUGGUGCUCCCAUGACAAAACUGUGUUCAUGACUGAUAUUCCUGUACAGAAGAAUGCAGGGUGCCCCCGACUCUGGGAAUGAUUGGUAUCUGACUCUAUUGAUUCAGAAUGCUGAACAAUUGCUUUAUUAAACUCUACUAUAUUACAUUAAUACUAUACUAAACUACAUACUAAAGAAAACUUGUGACUGUCUCCAGAUAGUUAGGACACAGCUUUUUCUAACUGGCUAAGGAAACAAAACAAUCCUCAGCAGAAUUUAAUUGCUAAAUCUUUUCAGGUAAACAAUUUUCUUAACACAUUCCACAUGUGUAAAAACAACAGGAGUAGUAAGUAGAGAUAAGAAUUGUUUUCUCUUUCUCCUCUCUCUGCUUCUCCAGGAAAAAAAACGGGGUGAGAGAAUUAUCCCUCUCUCUGUUCAGAGAAUGUGAAUGCCACAAUUCCUGCUCCUUCAGUAAGUCAGCAACUUUCUAGAUGUGAGAUGGGCACAACAUUCACCUCCCAUCCCUUUAGGAAGGCCAGUCACAUGGAGUGUGCAGCAUGGUGCAAUGUCUAGGGCCCAAUAAAAGUUGUCUGCAAUAGAUCACUGCAAAGACAUGUCCAUGACACACCAAACCCUAAACCAGGACAAACAGCCUGGUACUGACCAUGCA